GAUCUCUGUUUUUUCCCUGGGGACCCAUUUGGACCCAUUCCCCCCCACCCCCGGGACCCCCCUGUUUCCCCCCCCUUAUCCUCCCGGGACCCCCGUUUCACCCCCUGGAACCUGUUUCUAGCCCCUGGGGGCCCCCCCUUUUACCCUGGGUUCCCCCAUUUUUUCCCUGGGGACCCGUUUCACCCACCAGGAACCCCAGUUUCUGCACUGGCGACCCCCAUUUCCUUCCCCAGGGACCCCUCUUCCCCCCCCUAAGGGACCCUUCACUGUAGGAUCUUCUUCAUCCCCCCCCCAAUGCCUCAGCAGGACGAGGAUUCGCACUGGGAUGCCCUGGCAGGUGUCAGCGUGGGCCGCGUGGUUCAUUUCCUUCCUCCUAAUUCCUUUGCCCUGCUUUUUUUUUCCAGCUGUUGGCAUGAACAGAAUCCGCAUCCACGUCUUGCCUUCGAGCCGAGGCCGCCUGACGCCGGUGCCGCGGCCCCAGGAGCCUCUGGCAUGCGCCUUCAGCCACCGGCAGUGCUCGCAGCCGCGCCUGGAGGGCCAGGAGUUCUGCAUCAAGCACAUCCUGGAGGACAGGAGCGCCCCUUUCAAGCAGUGCAGCUACGUCUCGGCCAAGAACGGAAAACGCUGCCCCAACGCUGCCCCCAAACCGGAGAAGAAGGAUGGCGUGUCGUUCUGCGCCGAGCACGCCCGUCGGAACACGCUGGCGCUCCAGGCUCAGAUGAAGAAAUCCAACCCCGGGCCCGCGAGCGAGACUCUCCUCUGCCAGCUCAGUUCUUACGCCAAGAGCGAGCUGGGCUCCCAGGCCGCAGAGAGCAGCCGCAGCGAGGCCAGCCGCAUCCUGGAUGAGGACAGCUGGAGCGACGGCGAGCAGGAUCCUAUCACCGUGGAGCAGACGUGGCGAGGGGACCCGGACAGCGAGGCUGACAGCAUCGAUAGCGACCAGGAGGAUCCCUUGAAGCACGCUGGCGUGUACACGGCCGAGGAGGUGGCGCUGAUCAUGCGAGAGAAGCUGAUCCGCCUGCAGUCCCUCUACAUCGACCAGUUCAAGCGGCUCCAGCACCUCCUGAAGGAGAAGAAGCGGCGAUUCCUGCACAGCCGCAAGGGCGAGCACGAAGCCAUAGGCAGCAGCCUCCUGACGGGCCCCGAGGGGCUCAUGGCCAAGGAACGCGAGAACCUGAAGCGCCUCAAGUGCCUGCGGCGCUACCGGCAGCGCUACGGCGUCGAGGCCCUGCUGCACCGGCAGCUGAAGGAGCGCAGGAUGCUGGCGACCGACGGCGCUGCCCAGCAGGCGCACACCACCCGCUCCAGCCAGCGGUGCCUGGCCUUUGUGGAUGACGUCCGAUGCUCCAACCCGUCCCUGCCGAUGACCAGGCACUGCCUUACUCACAUCUGCCAGGACGCUAACCAGACCCUGUUCAAGCCGUGUCAAGGCUCGGAGGAGGUGCCGUGCAACAAACCCGUUCCCGUCAGCCUCUCCGAGGAGCCCUGCUGCCCUCUCCACCUCCGCCUGCCCCCGCAGCUCUACGUCCCCGAGCAGGUGCUCUCUGUCCCCGAGGAGCUGGAAGCGGCCCCCACGGAGCUGUACCUGAGCGCUGCCGAGCUCCAGCCCACGGAGAGCUUGCCCCUGGAGUUCAGCGACGACCUGGACGUGGUGGGGGACGGCAUGCAGUGUCCCCCGUCCCCUCUGCUCUUCGAUCCCUCCGUGGCCCUCGACCAGUCCCUCAGAGACGUGGCCGAGGCCCCCGUAGACAUCCUGGCCCUGGAGGAGCCGUCCCCUCCCGGAGGAGCCGACCGAGGGGGCUCUGCCCACGGCUUCCCCGAGCCUCCUGCGCAGAACCUCCUGCGCCCAGGGCCCCCCGAGGAGACGGCGGCCGCCAACGGGAACCCGGAGCUGGCGGCCGGGAGCUGAACUGGGAGCGAGCAAGGGGCUUCCCUACAGCACAGAGCCCCCCCCAGUACCACCAGUAGCACCUGUGGAGGAACAGAAAGAGGCUGCAGACCCCCC